AUGUGUAGAUUUUGCCGUAGACAACCAAAUGAUCCACCAGAUGACGGAGAAAGAAACACUGCCAUUGAUUGGGCUGAAAUAAUUUUGUUGAUUAUUGAAGUAUUCACAUUUUUAUUCUUCAUUGUAUCCUUCUUGACGCUAUGGUAUACUCCAAUCCCAUAUAUAUUAUUUGGAUUACUACUAGUUUUACUAUUGGUUAGUUUUAUAUUAUAUUUUGUUGGAUCUUACAACUAUCCGUAUAGGAAACAAUGGAAAUCAUUUAGCCAAACUGACAUAGCUUUGAUCACAGGUGGAUCAAAUGGUUUAGGUCUAGAGAUUGCUAAAUCAUUAUUAGUUAAAGACGUUACGGUAUAUGUUAUUGAUAAAGUUUCACCACCGGAGAAAUUAUUUAAAGAUUCUAAAUUUAAUUUUAUUCAAUGUGAUUUGGGUGAUGAAAGAGAUUUAAAAUUAAAACUUUCAACCUUAAUUCAUGAUUUGAAUGCAGAGAAUAGAUAUAUUAGUAUACUCAUUAACAAUGCAGGUAUCAGAGACAAUAGAUCAUUAGUGAACUUAAAAUUUGAUAAAGUAAAAGAUUUGUUUAAUGUCAAUACGAUUGCACAAAUAUUUAUAUUGCAAAAAAUUUUGUCAAAUCAUUUAUCAUAUAACGUGAAUGGUAAAUUAUCACUCGUUACCGUUUCUUCGAUAUUAGGGACAUUUGCACCUAAGAAUCUUUCAGUUUAUUCCGCUACUAAAGCAGCACAGAUUAUGUUACAUGAAUCCUUACAACAAGAAUUGAAACAAUUUCCCAAAAUUAGAUUAAUGCUUGUGACAACGGGUCAAAUGAAUACUGAAUUAUUUAAAGAUGUAAGUGCUCCUAAACAGUUCAUCGCUCCUGUUGUGAAUCAUGUAAAUUUAGCAAGGGAAAUAACUGAGAAAGUGGAAAAAGGAUAUAUGGGUAAUUUAUCCAGACCAUUUUAUGCAAACUUUUUACCGGGAGUGAGAACUACUCCUUUAAUUGUUCAAGAUUUUUGUAGAUGGUUCAGUGAAAUUGAUGAGCAAAUAAAAGAAUCAAAAGAUUUUAAGUUUUAA